UUUCGAUCGUCCGCUAAUGUAAAUGAUGAAAAUGCUUGUCCCCGUCAUUCUCCUCGUGUUUCUUAUUGCCCAAUCAUCUUUGGCGCGUCCCUCUCCCAGGAAGGCCGAACACGAAGAUUCCCGUCCGUCGCAAUGCAAUCACCCGGAUACCGCCUUCGCUGAAUACAACUCCCACCGUUGCCGUUUCUUCCGCUGUGAUGGAGGUCAACAAGUCCACCUACACUGCCACCACGUGCAACCCACGGAACUGCGCUCCGCCCUAGACAGCUACUACCUCACCGGCUCCAAAGUCCCGCUCUCCCUGGAAGUGAGCAGUGAGAAACCUUUACCCGACCUACUGAUCAGCGAGCAGUCACUGGGCAACUCCGCCUCUUUGAUCCACAAGCUUGUCAUUAACACCCUCAGUUUGUUCGAGAUUGAUAAGAAUAUCUGGAGAUUUAUGCCGAACCUGAAGAUCCUCAAUCUAACCGCCGCCCACGAUGGUAGCCACCUGACCAGCGACUUUUUCAACGGCGCCACCGCAUUGGAGAGUUUGUCUCUGGAUAUCGGUGGGCGUGUCAACUUAUCCCGCUCCGUUGUCACCCUGAGGGCGCUACAGUGCUUCAAUCUUCGCGGUAAGGCUUUCGUCUGUGAUUGUGCCAUGUUGGAUAUUAUGCGGCGAGCACCCAUCUGGAGGCAGAAUGGAGCAUACGAGAACCCGCUGGUCGAAGGGGAUACCUGGGAAUGUGGGACCCAUCACGGAGCGACGUGCGGGGACUUUCCCCAGAAAGGUGUAUCCCUUUCCAAAUUCACCUUACCGGAUUGCCCGAUGGUGCCGUUUGCGCCGGUGGGAGCGGGCGUGGCGCCGCUGUCCGGCUCGCAGAUCUCCUGUGACUACAAGAAUCUCAAGGUGCGUCUGCGCAAUGUCGGUGUGACGACGAAUCUGGCGUUUCGCCUGAAUGGAAGUCUGGAGGAACGGUGUGAGGGACGACUGCAUGCCGGGACCGUGCAUUUCGAUGUUCCGCUGAACCAAUGCGGAACCACUAUUAAUCAUCCCCGAGGGACGAAGUUGAUGGUGAUACAAAAUAAAAUUGUGGUCACCAAGAAGGAAGCCGAUAAUCGUAAGGCGGCUGGUCGGUCAGUCAAGGUAGCUGGUGGAAAAGAGAUCCCGGUUGAAUGUCGGCUAAAUCAGCUGGGCGAUCUCAGCCAGCAGUUUCAGACACCGGCGCCGGCAUACCCGAUCCAACAAGGAGAUGGACAAGUUCGUGUCAAAAUGGAUGUUCAACCGACAACAUCGCUUGGCGGUGGAUACGCUUUUGACAUCACACUGGACACUACAGCAGACGGACAAUGGCCCCUGUCCGUGGAGAAGUGUUGGGCAACGCCGACUAACAAUGCAUCAGACGAUAAUCAACACGUCAUCAUUUCUAACGGGUGCUACGUUGAUCCAUCCGUGGAAAUGACCUUGGAGACCAGCGAACGCUACAUCCGUCAGAGCUUCACCAUGGAUGAAUUCCAGUUUCCUCACGCCGGCAACGCGCAAGUGUAUAUUCACUGUGAAGUGGAACCCUGUGGUUACGAGAACGGCUACUGCAAGUGGUCACAGGAACAGCGUUGCGAGCAGAUUGGCAUUACUACGGAACGACCACCCAGCGAAACCACGCUGCACGCCAUUCUAAAGCAAUCCACUGAAAAACCGACAGAACAACCUGUUACCGAUGACAUCACCACAGAAGUUACGACCGAAAUAACAACUAGCGAAGAUGCAACGUCAGAACCAUCAACAGCAGAAAGCGGUGACGUGACUACAGAAGUUGCUACUACCCCGGAAAGCGAGCCAACGACCAUGGAAGCUGAUGUUGCUACGGUAAAUGUAGAGGAUACAACGGUUGCUACCGAUAUUCCUACCGAUGAUACCGAUGUUACCACAACCACGGAGGACAUUGUGCAGACGACCCAAACCGCGGAUGUCACUGACGAGACAACAGACAGCACCGAUGACACACUAGGAGAAACCGUUACCGACACACCAGCGGAUACUGAGGAUGCACAAACCACCGAGCCACCGGCAACCGACUCGGAAUCGGCAACAACAGAAGCACAAAGCGGAUCUGAAUCAACACAAGAAAAUACCGAUAUCUCCGUGGUAACCGGCGAACCUGUAACCACGGUAGCGUCUGACUCGUCGUCGGACACAAGUACACCGGAAGAGGAGACAACGACUGAGGGAAACACUGAAGCGCCCGCCAAUAACAACACGCCAGCCGAUACCACAGAUCAGACCGAGAACACCGAGGGUACCAUUGAAUUACACCAGGCUGAUGGUGUACCGGAAGGCAUAUCAUCAUCAACGGAUGAUACAACGAAUUCUCAAGACAGCGAGUCCACCUUAAUAACCGAACCUCCUACCACAACUCCAGAAGCGUCCACGGACGAUACCGAGAACACCGAAGUCACAACCGAAGCCUCUGUGGAACCGGUGACCGACAGAGAGCCAACUACUCCCCCUUGGUACCACACUGUCCUGGAGGAUCGAGAGAAACGCGACACACGCUUCGUUCUCAACUCCAUGACACUGUCGGAACUGUCCGGUCGGCUAUCCAAGGAUGAGCCGGACCGCCCCCAUCACCAGGGACAUCACCAUACCAAUACAGUGGUUUCCGAUGCAGAUGACGAGGAACAGACUACCGUUGCGGAUGAUCAAAGUGAAACGAAGCCAGAUCACCAUCUCCACGAACAUCAUCACACGGGUACAGUAGUUUCCGAUGGAGAUGACAAAGAGCAAACCACCGCUGCGGAUGAUCAGAACGAAACAGAGACUACCACCGAGGCUGGCGGUUCUGAUGGGGAAGAUAAUACGUAUGGGGAAGAUUCCGUAACGGAAGCCAGCACUGAGGCAUCAGAGUCCACUGAUGCGCCAGCCAAUGACGAAAUGCCUACCGACGCCACAGAACAGACAGAGUCUACCGAACUUACUACCACGCCGGAAGGUGUAUCGUCGUCGACGGACGACGCAGAGAAUCAGUACAGCGAGUCGACCUUAAUAACCGAACCUACUGCUACAACUGAAGAAGUGUCCACAGAUGGCGCCACAGUCACCGACUCCACAACCGACGGAGAGCCAACCACUUCACCUUCGGGUUGGUGGACGACCGAAGACAAUAGCGACCCGAACAUAUGGAUGUUCAAACGUGACACAAAUUUUGUUUUAAACUCUAUUACGCUGUCGGAACUAUCCGGUCGGCUCUCCAAAGAUAAGCCUGAUCAUCACCACCAGGAACAUCACCACACCGGUACAGUAGUAUCCGAUGCCGAUAGCGAAGAACAAACUACCGAUGCGGACGAUCAAAGUGACACGGACGGUACCACAGAGGCUGGCAGUUCUGAUGGGGAAGAGACCACGGAAGCUCCCGAGUCUGAUACGACCAACAGCGACAAUAUGGAGGAGACCACAACUGUAUAUGUGCCUAUUAUCCUCAAAGCGCUCCACGGUUUACACGGAAAGCAUCCUGCACAAGAAAAAGAGACCGAAACCGAAAAAUAGCCGAUAAUACACGUGGCUGUCGGUUUUAAGCUAUUAAUAUUAAUAUUUAUUUCCUGUGAAAGAAAGUAGUAAUGCUAAUUUAUUGCUUAUUGCUUUCGUAAUAACUGCGCUUGAGUAAUGGCUGGUAAGAUGAUUAAUGUAUUACCGAUGGGAUUAAAUAAUUAGUGCCUAUCCCAUACCAACGCUGUGUGCUGACAUAUGCCUGCCAUACAAACAUAUAGUCUGCGCAAGGAUGGCGGCGUCACGGC